AUGCACGUGGCGGCACCACGCGCUGAGAUCGAGACCACCCGAUUGCUCACCGCUCUUCCAACACAUCCAGUCAUAACAGCCAGUCCCGAUCGUUCCAGACGUGUAGCUGUCAUCAUAUUGCCACCUACAGGCGGCGUUCAUGUCGAUGCCGCUAGUGGUCCUGGGUUGAAGGGCGGGCAUCGAGUCGGGCACGGCUGCGGCAGCGGCAGCACUUGGGCCGGCGAGGAGCGCAAGGCUGAUGAUAGCUCCGAGGAUGGGGGAGUGGGCGAACAUGUCGGCGGCUAUUUUGGAGCAUGA